AUGGAGAUUGAAUCGGUUGGAGAAUUGGGAACUGCUUUGGAAUUUGACUUUCUUUUUGAUGAAGCUGAUUUGCUUCUUACCAACCAGCAGUGUUCAGAAAUACCUUCCAACCAGCAAAUUGAAACUCCGGAGGAUAUAUCCACCGUGGAGAAUGGUGAAUUGGGAUCAUCAAGUGAGAGCAACAAUCAGCCGGCAGCGGCUACAGCCACCAUUAGUAAUGAUCAAGAUGAAAGCUCCAAGGAGAACAACAUUGAUGCGGUCAGCAGCGAUCUCCCUGACCUUCCACCAUUGCUAAACAUCCCAAACAUGGCAUCUCCAACUUGUAAUAAUAAUUCUGAUAUUAUUACCAUAACUUCUCCAUUAAUAGACGUGGUCGAACCCCAAAUUGACCCCCCGUCCGAUCUAAUAACGGAGAUUAAUGGAAAGUUUGGAGCUUCAGCUGAUGAUGACUAUGAAAGUGAAGAUGUGAAUAAUCAUCCGCAGGAGAUUAAUGCAACUCAUGGGGUGGAUCUUCCAUUUGUACGAAAUGAUGCAUAUAAUAGCUUGGAUAGCUCAGGAGGUCUUGCUGAUCAGCUUGUUGGUAAUAGUGGUGAGGCUCCAAAUUUGCUGCCUCAGCUGCCAUCCUCCAUUAAUCCACCACUCAUGGGACUACCAGCACCACAACCCUAUCUUCCAACUGUGAUGGCGCCAGAAGGAGACCAGGCCGCCAACCAGCUGAUUAACAAUUACUCAUUUAAUAAUGCGCCAGCUUACCCUAUCGAAAAUGUUCCUCAAUUCCUUAAUAUGCCUUUGCCCAGUCAAAAUAUGACUCCGCUGAUGAAUCAACUAGGAACAAACAAUCAAAUGGUGCAAAACAUCAUCAACAAUAAUAAUUUCAUGGCCAACAGUAUUAAUCAGCACUCAUCUGGCCUCUGCCCUAAUUCUUUCCCUCAAAACAACACUAUGACAGCGCCAGUCGGACCUCUUGCAAAUCAAAAUACAUCUCCCCUCAUCAACCAGCAGCAGCAGUCCAUUUUCGCUGCUCCCCAGUUGAUGAACAAUCCUACUGCUGCUUCUGCUAAUUAUAGGCCCUCUGCAAUUCCUUCCGGGUGCUAUUGGAACCAACCUAAUGAACUCAUGGCAGCAACUAAUCUGAUGGACCCUUCACAAAGCACCAACUUCAUUCCGCCACAAGCCACAUCGUUUAGGGCCCAGCAGGUCCCCAGUCAGCAGCCCCAACAACUCAACCAGGUUCCACAAGUGCCAAACAUGUAUGAUCCAAAAUCUAAACACUCCAUGCCACCUGGAUUUUCUAUGCCUCCCAUCAGGCCCCAAAGUAUCCCAUAUCAAUAUCAAGUCAAUCAGGCUCCAGUAGCUGCCAAUGUGUUUGAUUCACUAUCCUCUAACUCUCUGCUGCCUGAGCUUUCAAGCAAUGCCUGGUAUAUGUAUAUUUCAUUCUAAUUCCUCUUUCUUAGUACUUAAACAUUGAUAUUUUUUGGUAAAUUACUGAAUAUUAAUAUUGAUCAACUAGUUUAUGAUAAGUUUUAUUUUAAUUUUGUGAAUUUAGGACUACUCCACA